AUGGCUCACCGCUCGACCACAUCCUUACAGCCAACGGAGUAUCCGGACAUCAUCCAGUUUUCCAGCGCCGUGUAUUACUGCAGCGAAGCAGAAGGAAAAGUUCAAGUGGAGGUAUCGAGGCUUGGUGAGGACGACAACCAGUGUCAUGUGGAUUAUGAGACUUUCGACAUCUCCGCAGUUUCUGGUGUCAAGUAUGUGGGUCGCAAGGGCACCAUCGCUUUUGAGCCAGGGGAAAUGUCAGUGACAGUCGAGAUCAACCUCAUUGAAAACGAUUCCUUCGAGGCCACGCUGGAAUUUGGUGUACGCUUGCUCAGGCCUCGCGGUGCUGUGCUGGGCCACUACCUUCAUACUUGCAGAGUUACUGUCGCGGAUGAUGACACGUUUCCUACCAACAGGAACGCUGACAAGUUGCGUCAAGGGAGAGGCGCGGAGAUCCAACCAAUUGUUUUGUGGACGGAGUAUCUCAGAAUGAGCCUCAAGGACCGCAAGGUUCGGACGGCGGCUAUUUACAACCUUCUCACGGAUCAGGUGCGAAACCUCGCGUACCUCUGGCAAGUGAUGUUGACCAAGUACUUGAUCGACCAGGUGCUGGCGGAUGAGCCUUUGCCCUUCUUCACGGACCCCAUCAUGCCCAAAGGCAGAGAAGAGCGCGUUUGGCUCACGAUUGCUUUUUCCUUCCUGCCGCAUGCUGUGAUGCUGGUUCUGAACCGAAUGAAAGCUGAGCGGCGCAUCCAGGGCAUGGUUGUUAAUCAGCUACAAGGAAACUUGCUGAGGAAGUUCCUGAACUACAACGAAGACUCUCGUGACUCCGUGUCGACUUCAGACUUGGCGAUGGCCAUAACCCGUGAUGUCCCUGAGCUCGUGGAGCAUGGCUUCAUGGGUAUCUUCGAGCUCGUAGAGAACUUGGGCUUGGUCAUCGUUCUCGGAGUGCUCAUGGUGGCGCAGAGCGACUUGACCGCCAUGACACCCACCGCCUUCUUCCUUAUCCCUCUGGCGAUGCUGAUGUUCAUUUACAUUCGCCAUCCUGAGACUGAGCGCCGAGAUCGGCUGGUCUUUCAGAGGCAGACUGAGAUGUUGAUCUUGGUGCACCAAGUGACGGACCACACUCGAUUGAUUACCGAUUAUUUUCAGCGCCCGACAAUGGUGGUCAGCUUCAACGGGAGGGUUGCUGAAUGCAACAGAGCGACCACCCUCGCGACUAUGUUCAGGGUCACAAAUUCGGAGUUCGCACCUUUCAUGACGACUGUUAUCAUCGCCAUCUAUGUUGCGUUCCACUAUGCAUCUGUCGUGGACAAGACAAUCACCAUUGGCGAGUUCCUGACCUCUAUAGCUGUAUGGCGCAGCAUUGGUGGGGCAUAUCAGAAUGCAUACAAGGACAUGCUGCAAAUCCAACAGGCAGCGGCUCCGCUCUUGAAUGUCAUCCACUACAUGAACCUUCCGGUUGACACCACCGAGCGGAUGGAGAUCACGCGAGAGAUGCAGGAGUUCGGCAAGACUGCGCAGAAGAAGGCACAUCAUCAACUAUUUGGCCACCUUGCUGCAAACUCGCCGUUUGUCGAAGACAGCAGUGUCGUCAUGAUGAAUGGCGAGAAGGUGGCUGCCAAGUACCCUCAGGAUUUGGUGCAGAUCUAUGCAGACAACAUCAACUUCGCAUAUCCGCCGCGAACAGGAGGUGGUAUGGACCUGCUACGGAAUGCCAGCUUCACGAUUCCGCAAGGUCAUCUUGUGGCUGUGGCGGGUCCAAAAGGAUGCGGCAAGAAGACACUUCUGGAGCUGCUGGCUGGCAUCCUGCUGCCUUCUGGCCACACCAAGCUGUUUGUGCCACCACACCUGCGGGUUCUCCAUGUGUCCAAAGAUCCGCAGUUGCUUCCCGAGAUCACACUCUUUGAGAACCUUACCUUCGGCCCCUCAGAUGGCCAGGAUGAGGAGCCGGAAAGGGUGCUGGCCAUCUGCAAGCGGCUGGGUCUCAGUUCGGAUGCCAUGAAGCUGAUUGACGACUCCAUUCAGAGACAGGGAGAUGUGAAGAAGGCCAGGCAGGCGGACAAGCUGCGUGUGCCUGCCGCUCCGAUUCCAGCGGGCUCCGCGCAGUCCUCGGCCCUGCGGGAGCUGCAGGAGAAGAACCAGGUCAACGAAAACAGCCUGCCCUUCACGGAGAAGUGCCUUCUGCACCUAGCAAGAGCCCUCGUCAUGAACCCGGAAGUCCUGAUCUUACACAAACCUCUGGAGCAUUUCGACUACGUCUUUGCCAGACGUGUUGUGGAGAUCCUUCGCGAGUUCGUGGACCUACGCGGCUUGGAGAAGCCGCGAGAGUCAUUGCACCUGCGGAGCCCCAGGACCUGCAUCUUCUCCGUUGGGCACUUGGACAACUUGGAGGAUGUGGACAUCCUCCUCCAGGUCACCAACAAGCAGGUGGAGGCAGUUGACCUUGACUCCCUUUGUCGCUUAAAGCAGGAGGUUGGACAGCUGUUUCAUGUGUUGGAUAAAAACGUGGACAACCUGUUGGACCGCGAGGAGUUCAUGGCAAUGGCUGAGGCGUCGCCGGCAAUGGUGGAAUUGUUCGGCAUUCCAGAGGCCACUGAUGUCAGCCGGGCGAAAGGGGACCUCAACAAGAUCUUCGACAAAGUCGAUGACAGUCAAGGUGGAAAGAUUGAUCAGGAAGAGUUUGUUGCGUUUAUCCGGACCCAGUUUGAUGAUCAGCUUGCAGACGCUGUGCAUGCUCUGCAGAGCCCCAAGGGCGCAGCUGAAAAGAUCAAGGAGAUUCAAGCCAAGAAGGCGAGACGCAAGCAACUAGAGUUUGCCAACUCACCUGGGUACAAGCACCUGGAUGUGUGGGAUUCGCCGGAGAUUCCUGCGCACACAGCCAUACUAGGCUUCCCUCCCACAUCCAGGAAGCUGCCGAUCACGUUCUGA